AUGGCGACGUCGUCCGCGCGCAUCCUCGCCGCGCGCUCGGCGGACGACGACGCCCCGCCGCCGCCCCCCGCGCGAUGGCUCGACGACGAGGAGUGCCGCAACGGAGGCGCGCCCCUGGUCAUCGCGCUCUACGUGAUCCUCGCGUACCUCGCUUGCGAGGUGAGAAAACUUUACCCACCCCGCAGGUUCAACAGUCGAUCGCGUCCCCUUUCAACUGACCGACGAACGAAAUCAUCUCACACGGAAUCGCCCUCCCGCGUCGAUCAUCAGUUUCUCGUGCUCCAGCGCGUCGACUGGAACGGCUCGGACGACGCCGGGCGCGGCGCGAUCCCGGCGUGGGCGCGCGUCGUCGUCGCGACGCUCCCAGCGCUCGUCCUCGCAGGGCUGUGGCUCGUGCACUACUCGGACCCGGGGGUGAUUCCGCCGAGACGGGACGGAGACGCGCCGGACGUGACGUGGUUCCUAGAGAAGCGACGUCCGAUCGUGGUCGCGCCGUUGGACGAGGAAGAGACCGCGGCGGUCGCGCGCGCCGCGAGGGCGUGCGGCGCGUCGGGGCGACGGCGGCGAGCGGGACGCGCGCGCGCGAGCGCGGGAUCGCGCGGGGACGGGGACGGGGACGGGGGACCGUUUGGCGGGUUCUGGAGCCGCGGCGAGAACGUCGCGCCGCGCGCGUUCGACCCCGACGAGGUCUUCUUGAAGCGAUACAGCAAAGCGCACGACGGGCAACCCUUGAAAACGCUCGUGCCGAAACGGUUACUCGACCCCGAAGACAUGGAAGCGACGACGCUUCUCGGCGGGACCGCCGCGAUCGAAUACGACGAACGAUGCGUCACCGCGCGGUACUGCGUCACGUGUCACAUCUGGUACGACACCCGACUAAUUACCCAUACGACGCGUCUGGUACGACGCGAGCGCGCGCGCCGUCCCGUCCCUCGCCCGGUCUCGGUCUCCGCGUCGGGUCACCUGCGCGUCGCGUCGGACGAUCGACUCGAUCGACUGACCGAUGAACCCCCCCUUUCAACGCGUCGUCGUCGUCGAUUCAUCGUAUCGUCCGUCCGUUCGCCGCGCGUCGCUCGCAGGCGCCCGCCGCGGUCGUCGCACUGUUCCACGUGCGGGUACUGCAUGGCUCGGUUCGACCAUCACUGCCCGUUCGUCGGCACGUGCGUCGCUCGCGGGAACCACAGGUUCUUCGGCGCGUUCUUGUUCGCCGGCGGCGUCGCGUGCGUGACGUACCUCGCGUUCGGGAUCGCGCGAAUGUCGCAGGCGGGGUUGUCGGAGGCGGACGCGUGGCGCGCGUCCGUGGAGCCGUGGCUGCUCUCGUGUUUCGUCGUCGCGAUGGGAUGGGGCGGGAUCACGCUGCUGUGCGCGGGCGGGUUCACGAUGGCGAUGCUGGCGCUGGAUCGGACGACGAAAGAGCGCGUGAAGGCGCGACGCGCGGCGAAGAAGGCGGCGGAGGAGGAGGAGAAGGAGAACGACGCGGAGGGCGGCGGCGGCGCGGCGAACGCGAACGCGAACGCGAACGCGGGGCCCGGGGGACGGAGACGGGAGAAACGCGCGACGUCGUUCGCGGCCAUCGUCGGCGGGUACGACGAGCGCAUGGACGAGGCCGUGUGUUGCGGGCCCGUCGCGAUGCGCCCUUGGUACUAG